UCUCCGGGGUGUUUGAACAGGAAGGCGGACAUGUUGGUCAGACUGUGGGAGAAAAUCGGGCAUCGUCUGCUGUUUUUUUCCGAAAACUAAUACACAUCUAAACCCGGUUUAUCUGCCUUCGAUCGUCUGAGAGCUAAAGCAGCGAGGACGGGAAACAGUCGACAGUCAGUGACAGUGCACGGGACGCAGCGGAAGGACUGCCGUUAAACGUUGUAACGACUCCGUGUUUAAACUGGUCGAAAUUUGGAAGAAGCAGAAGUUUUUUUUCCCCACCACUUCUACUUUUGAGCUGUCAGAAACUAUUGUCGUUUUCUGCAAGGGCCCGGCACAGCUAUGGGGACGGGCCUGGACUAACCUUCCCUCAAACUGUGCUUUUCAAACAGACGUUACAUUUAACUUUUAAUUGCCUUUUGUUUGGAUGCACCAACAUUUUAAGCCCUUAUCCUCAGUGGCAUCCUGCGGAGGCUGACUAAUCUGUCGCCGCAUUUAUCUUUUGCCACUGAAGUUGUUUGCCUCUUAUACUGGGAAAACAUCUUUGGACUCUGAAAAUGUGGCUUUUGUACAUUCAACGCAACCUUAAACGUUUCAUCGUCUGUGAGAGCUCGAGGAGAACGAUGUAUUUUCUUUGAAGUGCGGUGUAAAGUCCACACGAAGAAAGGAACAUUUGGCUAGCUAGCUACCGCUGGCUGCUAAAGCUAGCUAGCCAGCCUUCUGCCUCGCCAGUGAGCUGUUUUUGUUCACGACCCAACACCGGGACUGAGUUUAACAGCAGAAAUGUCUGCUGGGGAAAGUAUGGCGGCUCGGUUUGAAAAAAUCGAUGCCAUGUUGAAGGACCCAAAGUCAGAAGUAAACACGGAUUGUCUUCUGGAUGGCUUGGACGCACUGGUGUAUGACCUUGACUUCCCUGCCCUGAGGAAAAACAAGAGCAUUGACAACUUUUUGAGUAGAUAUAAGGAAACCAUUAGUAAAAUUCGUGAUCUACGCAUGAAAGCAGAUGACUAUGAAGUGGUUAAAGUUAUUGGGAGGGGAGCAUUUGGAGAAGUACAAUUGGUCAGACACAAAGCCACAUCCAAGGUAUACGCCAUGAAGCUGCUGAGCAAAUUUGAGAUGAUCAAGAGGUCGGACUCUGCUUUCUUUUGGGAGGAGAGGGACAUUAUGGCUUUUGCCAACAGCUCAUGGGUGGUGCAGCUCUUUUUUGCUUUCCAAGAUGACCGCUACCUCUACAUGGUGAUGGAAUACAUGCCGGGUGGCGACUUGGUUAACUUGAUGAGCAACUAUGACGUCCCAGAGAAGUGGGCCCGCUUUUACACAGCUGAAGUUGUUCUUGCUUUGGACGGAAUCCACUCCAUGGGCUUCAUCCACAGGGACGUGAAGCCUGAUAACAUGUUGCUAGACAAAGCAGGCCACUUGAAACUGGCAGACUUUGGGACCUGCAUGAAAAUGAACAAGGAUGGUAUGGUACGAUGCGACACUGCAGUGGGAACUCCAGACUACAUUUCGCCUGAGGUACUAAAAUCCCAAGGAGGAGAUGGCUAUUAUGGCAGGGAGUGUGACUGGUGGUCAGUGGGAGUGUUCCUGUACGAAAUGCUAGUUGGCGACACUCCUUUCUAUGCAGACUCCCUGGUGGGGACCUACAGCAAAAUUAUGAACCACAAAAAUGCCCUGACCUUCCCUGACGACAGCGAUAUCUCCAAUGACGCCAAGAAUCUCAUCUGUGCUUUCCUGACUGACAGAGAAGUUCGACUUGGCCGUAAUGGUGUCGAUGAGAUCAAGAGGCAUCCUUUCUUCAAGAAUGACCAGUGGACAUGGGAGAACAUCAGAGAGACGGCUGCCCCUGUAGUGCCUGAACUGAGCAGUGACGUCGACACCAGUAACUUUGAUGACAUCGAGGAGGAUCGGGGAGAGGAGGAGACCUUCCCCAUACCAAAGGCCUUCGUGGGCAACCAGCUUCCCUUCGUAGGGUUCACUUACUACAGCAGUCAGCACCUUUUGCGCAGCUCCAGUGCCAGCACAAAGGCCAGUGACAAACGUAGCAGCUCCACAAAGGAAGACAAGAGUCACUUGGAGAACCUGCAGAAAAGGAUCUACCAGCUGGAGGAGCAGCUCCACAGUGAGAUGCAGCUGAAGGAUGAGUUGGAGCAGAAAUGCAGGACAUCAAACACCAAGAUUGACAAGAUCAUGAAAGAACUGGAUGAAGAGGCAAACCUGAGGAAGAGUGCGGAGGCCAGCAUGUCUCUGCUGGAGAAGGACAAGAUCAUGCUGCAGCACAGAUUCACUGAGUACCAAAGAAAAGCUGACCAGGAGGCGGAGAAGAGACGCAAUUUGGAGAAUGAGGUGUCGACUUUAAAAGAGCAGCUUGAAGAUAUGAGGAAGAUCAGCCAGAACUCUCAGGCCUCAAAUGACAAGAUCGCCCAGCUGCAGAAUCAAAUGGAAGAGGCCAACGACCUCCUGCGCGCAGAGUCGGACACAGCGGCGAGACUGAGGAAGAGCCACACGGAGAUGGCCAAAUCAAUGAGCCAGUUGGAGAGCUUGAAUCGCGAGCUGCAGGAGAGGUGCCGCGCAGCGGACGGGGAGAAGGCCCUGCUGGAGAAGGAACUCCUGCUACUUCAGAGUAGCCUGGAAUCAGAGAGAAGGAACUACAGCCUGGGCUCUGAGGAGAUCAGGGAGCUGCAAGCGAGGAUGGCAGGGAUGCAAGAGGACAACAAAAACCUGAAGCACAGCCUCUCCAAAGUGGAAGCGGAGCGCAAACAUGCCCAAGAGAAGAGCAAUAACCUGGAGAAGGAAAAGAACAACCUGGAGAUCGACCUGAACUACAAACUGAAGACCUUGCAGCAGCGUCUGGAGCAGGAGCAGACUGAGCACAGGGUGACGCGGGCACAGCUCACUGACAAAUACGAGUCAAUUGAAGAAGCCAAAUCAGCUGCCACGAAUGCUGUCCAGCAGAAGAUGUCUGAGGAGACCGGAGCGAGGAUGCGAGCGGAGAGCCGGGUAGUGGAGGUUGAGAAGCAGUGCUCGAUGUUAGAGUUUGACCUCAAGCAGUCUGUGCAGAAGAUGGAGCAGCUGAUGAAGCAAAAAGAAAGGCUGGAAGAUGAGGUGAAGAAUCUAAGGAUACAGGGAGAACAGGAGUCGAGCAAACGUGUUCAGACUCAGAGCGACCUGAAGAGCCGCACGCAGGAGGUUGACCGUCUCAGGUGUUCAGAGAAGCAGCUCAAACAGGAGAUCAACACAGCACUAGAGAGUAAACGCUCGCUGGAGUUCCAGCUGGCACAGCUGACCAAACAAUACAGAGGCAACGAGGGACAGAUGAGGGAACUUCAGGACCAGCUUGAGGCCGAACAGUAUUUUUCUACGCUUUACAAAACUCAGGUCAAGGAGCUAAAAGAGGAGCUUGAAGAAAGGAACCGGCAGGUACAAGAGGCUCAUAAAAAGGUGCAGGAGUUAGGCAGUGAAAGGGACUCCCUGUCUGCCCAGCUGGAUCUGACAGUGACCAAGGCCGAGUCAGAGCAGCUUGCCCGGGCGCUGCAGGAGGAACAGUACUUUGAGCUCAGCCAGGAGAACAAGAAGGCAGCAAGUAGACAUAAACAGGAGAUUGGGGAGAAGGACUCUACUAUUGCACGGCUGGAGGAAUCCAAUAAAACUCUGACCAAAGAUGUGGAGAACCUCAGCAAAGAGAAGGCUGAGUUAAAUGAGAAACUCAGUACUCUGGAUGAAGAGUAUGCAGCUCAGAAGGAAGAGAUUGUAAAUACAAUCAAGGCCAACUAUGAGAAGGUCCUCAACACAGAGCGCACACUGAAGACUCAGGCGGUGAACAAGCUGGCUGAAAUCAUGAACCGCAAGGACAUGAAGCUGGACCAGAAGAAGAAGGGCAGCACUGCCGACCUGCGGAAGAAGGAGAAGGAGAACCGCAAGCUUCAGCUGGACCUUAACCAGGAGAAGGAGAAGUUUAACCACAUGGCCAUCAAGUAUCAGAAGGAGUUGAGCGAGAUGCAGGCGCAACUGGCAGAGGAAUGCACGUAUCGCAACGAGCUUCAAAUGCAGCUGGACAGCAAGGAGAGCGACAUCGAGCAGCUUCGGGAGAAACUGAACGAUCUCCAGCAGCGCAUGGAUAACUCUAGUGUCACCAGCUUGCAGACAGAUGAGACUGACAGUAACAUCGCAGAAUCCAGAUUGGAGGGUUGGUUGUCCAUUCCUAACCGUGCUAAUAUCAAGCGAUACGGAUGGAAGAAGCAGUAUGUGGUGGUGAGCAGCAAGAAGAUUCUUUUCUACAAUGAUGAGCAGGAUAAGGAACAGUCUAACCCCUCGAUGGUACUAGAUAUCGACAAACUGUUUCACGUGAGACCAGUCACACAGGGAGACGUGUACCGAGCUGAGACAGAAGAGAUUCCAAGAAUAUUCCAGAUUCUCUAUGCCAAUGAGGGAGAGUGCAGGAAGGAGGCGGACAUGGAAACAGUCCCUCAGGGCGACAAGACCAACUGUCUCCCACACAAAGGCCACGAGUUCAUCCCCACGCUAUAUCACUUCCCUUCCAACUGUGAGGCCUGCGCCAAGCCUCUGUGGCACGUCUUCAAGCCGCCUCCGGCCCUGGAGUGUCGCCGCUGCCACGUCAAGUGCCACAAGGACCACCUCGACAAAAAGGAGGAUGUUAUUGCUCCUUGCAAAGUAAACUACGAUGUGACCUCUGCCCGCGACAUGCUCCUGCUGGCCCUGACCCAGGAUGAGCAGAAGAAAUGGAUCGGCCACCUCGGAAAGAAGAUUCCCAAGACCCCACCAUCCACAUUUUCAAGAGCCUCACCUCGUUCUAUGUCCACUCGCUCUGGACCAAACCAGUCCUUCCGCAAGAACCCUAAAAGCAAUACAGGAAAGCUGAGCAGAGCGCAGUCCAGCCUCCAAGCAGCAGACACAACAUCCAGCACUUGUUGACAGGAACUUCUUCAGAACAGAAAGUGUUGAUGUUUUGUUUUUUGUUUUUUUUUUCCUAGACUUUUCUCUACAGCUUUAAACUUGUCUAUUUAUUAAUUUUGUUACUGGGUGUUUCUAACACGAGACACUUCCUGGUUGGUUGCUUGGUUGCUUGGUUGGGCUCUUUUCAGUUGACACUUGGGAUUUUUCUAAUUGGCACUAAUGUGUUCGGUUCAGUAACUAACUUAUAGACUUAAUAUGCAACUCUUUGUUAGAGUGGUCCACAUAAAAGAUUUUUUACAUUACCUGUCAAACAUGAUGCAAAGGAAUUAACGGUGCUGCAGUGUCUGUAAACCAGCUCUUCUGUCAUAUGUUGACCUAGAAUGGGUUACUAACCAAGGUAACGACUUUGCAUCUCUCUUUUACUGGACAUCUGUCUCUGUUUUUUUUUUGUUUCAGCUAACCAUCUGAACGGUUUGGAUUUUUUCUGGACUCUAAACUUUCCCUCCUUCCUCAUCCUCAAAAACGGAGAAACCUGUAUUACCUAGAAAAGUCGUUAAAAAAAAAAGAUAUAAAAAAAAAUAUCAAUAAAUAUCCAGCGCUGGAAAAUUGCAACACAUGUCAGACUAAGGCAUCAUGGACAUUACGAGGCGUGAUACCCCCCUCCCUCUGCCACCCGUCUUCACUCCAGAGCUAACCCUCAUUCAACUCAUCAAACUUGCAGCUCUCCAUUUCUACCAGAAGAUGGCACACUCGUCUUGAACUAAAGAUGGACUGUAGAGCGAUAGAGGGACUUAUGUCAUGGAGACAUUCUGUGUUUCAUAUUAUAUGACAGUUAUGAUGGAAACGGGACGGUAAAAAGGGGGUUUUGCUGGGACUCCUGCAAGUAUGUGUUCAGUUUAAAGGUACUGUCAUACAGGGAUUGCAGAUCUGCAGUGUGUGGUGGUUUCUCAGGGGUGGAAAACGAAUAUCUAUUUUGUAAUUUUUUUCCCCCACCUGACAGACACUCGAGCUAAAUGCAAGCAUACUUCUGUUUUCAGCUAUAAACAAAAAAGAAAAAAAAAAGACUGAUGCCUUCAUCUAAUAUCUCUGGCCUUUUUGCCUUUAUUUCUAUCACUCUGCAAGUCACUUAUCAGGUUUGGGACAGAGUAUUGGGACAUAAGUAUUAGAUGUUUUUUGAGUAUUGAGUGAGGAGCAUGCAAGAUCAUCAUUUAAAUCUAUGCAUUAUUUUUAUUAUUAUAAUUAUUUUUAUUGCUCCAAGCCAUAAGGAAUAUUCCAUUGUAGUGGCAUAUAGGAGUCCUAAAACUUAAUUGAUUUUUUUCUGUUUAUUUGGUACAUUGUCUCUGUAAUAUUUUUUUUUUCCUUGUAUUUUUUUUUUGUAAUGUAUUGCCUUACAUUGAUUCAUAGAUACAUGGUUCAAAAGGAAAACAUUAAGUUAACAAAUGUAAAACUGCACUGUUUGAAUUGUAAAUUAUUUGUAGAAGACUAAACAGGUGUAGCAUUUGGCCCACCUAGUGCCUUAACGUUUGGAUAUUGAUUUUACUGCCAUAUCUGUUUGUUUUUCUUUUCCUCCAAAACAAGACAAACUCUUAACUCUUCCAUCAUUUAUUUUUUAAGAAAUCGCCACACAUUUUGUGGUUUUAUUGGAACUUCUUUUCUCUGGUUUGAGUAUAUAAAGUAUAUAUAUUAGAUUACCUCUUUAUGGACGCAUUGCAAUAGAGUUAGCGUGUCAAAAAACAAAAGUCCCUGGACUCGGUUCAUAUCAUAAGACAAAUUCUUUUGGGAUGGUGUACCUUAAGCGAGCCCACCUGUGUCAAUGAUUGUCCGUGUUAACAAUUGCAAGUUGUUUCUCUAACAUGGUAAUGUCCCGUUAAUGCAAACCCCCCCACAGUGUAUAUAAUGAGAGAGACAUAAGGAUUAUGGAAUACCUCCGCAAUCUUUUUAUUUGUAACAUUUUGUUCAGUUAAAAAAAGCACUGGAACUAUGAUCUACUCUUGUCUUGGAAAAUUUGCAUGGUUAAUUGCAUUGGAGUCCGCACUGAUGGAUAUGUCAAUAAACAUAUCUUUAUCAUUAA